AUGUCCGGACUCGCGAGCCAUGAAGAGAAGGUAAUGCAAGAAGCAAAGGGCAAGUUCCAAGGAAACAGAGAACACUUGACCCAGGAUUGCCCUAAAACAGAUCUGAAUCAGUUCUUGCCUUCAAUCGAAGAUCCAACAACAAUUCGAAAAGAAGAAGAAUACCAUGCCCGAUCCAAUUCUGCUCGAAGUCGUUGCGAGAGCAACGUAUGCGUCGAUCUCGUGCAACAGCAUCUCGCCAUAUGGGACUUGUUGGGAGCUGAGCCUGCUCCGCGAAGUCAAGCUCCCACCUGGUCUUUGAAUUUCACGAAGCUUCUGGACAGCAGUCUGUUGAGGACCAUAGGCCAAAACGGUACAGAUACACCAUGGAAGGGAUGGGGUGGGAAUAUCUCGGAGCAGGCCGUGGUGAAGCUCAGCGAGGACGGAAAGCAAUUAACGGUCAAGGGCGCCCGUUUCGACACCAUUGAAGCGACAGCCUUGCUGAGAGGAAGAAUGUUUGAUGCGCCGAAGCCAGCAUUGAAGGCGCAGCUCAUGGCAGCCAUCGAGGCAGUACCCUCACGCAAGCCGUACUCUGCGUUCGGCACUUCCAGCGAAUGUCCACCUAUGCCAGAAGACUUGGGCAGCUCGCAGUGGCGACAAGAUUUGGAAGAUUUCAGACAGAGCAAGCGGGCCUUCGAUCCUUACAAAAGGUGGGCAGCGCGAAGCACGCUGUCAAAAGUUCACCACAUCCAAGAUACGCUGAGCGAGGCGUUCCAGCUAUGGUGGCGAGCUGCCGGCAUUCCAACUGAGGUCACUGAGAGGGUGGAAUAUGGGAUGCAAUUUGACAUUGGAAAGUACGCCAUGUAUGCUACUGCCGUGAUUGGAGAUGUAGACAUCUGCACGACCGCGUCUGGAUUCGUUGCCCUUGGGCCGGCGAGAUCGCUUGAGGAAGGCGACGUGAUUGCGUUGCUGGCCGGGGCCAAAUUUCCGGUGGCGCUGAGCCCGAAUGGCAGCGGAGGCCACCACUUCCGUGGACUGCUUUACGCCCACGUGAUUAUGUACGACGAGCUCAGAGCUUGUGGUCUGAGUGAGAGCUUGAAGGAAGAGAGCUUUGUUUUGGCUUGA